AUGCCAUCUCAUACCACUUCCGAUGGCUCGCCAACUACCGGAGGUGAUAAGUCUGGCCCCCGGAUUAAGAUUGUUUCUCUUGGAUCUGUUGGUGUCGGGAAAAGCUGCCUCAUCAAGCAGUACUGUGAGGGUCGGUUUGUGUCAAAGUACAUACCUACCAUUGGAAUCGACUAUGGUGUAAAGCGCGUUGAUGUAAGGGUGCCAGCGCAUUUAGCACCAUCGGGAAAAAUUUCUACUCGCGUGAACUUCUGGGACAUGUCAGGAUGCGAGGAGUACCUGGAGAUUCGCAACGAAUUCUAUAGGGCAACAGAGGGCGUGCUGUUGGUUUACGACGUAACCGACGCCGAAAGUUUUUUCGCACUCAACCAGUGGGUGAAGGAGAUGGAAGCUCACGUGAACACAAAGGGAAAUGACACGUACGUCGCCCGGGUGGAUGCGUCCGUACCCUGCAAGGUUGUGGUAUGCGCAAAUAAAAUAGACGAGGUGUCGGAAGGAGGCGGUAGAAAGAAACGGGCUGUGAGUAGUGAGACUGGGCGGCAGUGGGCGAAGGAGCAUGAUUACAAGUACUUCGAGACGAGUGCCUGCACGGGUGCCGGAGUGGAGGAGGCACUCGAGACACUCUUCAAGGAUGUGGUGGCAGCUUUCUUUUAA